AUGUCUUCCUUCAAAGCCUACGGCAAAUUCGACGAGGCUGAGCAAGCAAGGCUCGAGGCCCUCCGGAAAACCCGCAAGAGAGUCGCCAUCAUAUGCGUAUCGUCUCUCAUUCUCGUCGUCAUCGUCGUUGCCGCUGUAGUCGGAACCACAUCCUCCGGUCGCCGGAGCUCCGGCGCCGGCGACACAACAGGCACAUCGCUCUCCACCUCCGUCAAGGCCGUCUGCGACGUGACCAUGCACCCCGACUCAUGCUACAGCUCUCUCCGGCCGGCGGUCAACUCCAGCCACGUCACGCUGGAGGAUCUCCCCCGGCUCUCGAUCCAAGUGGCGAUCAAUGAGCUGUCGAAGACGGCGAAAUACUUCUCGAAUCUCAACGCAACUCUGGGGAAAUUGCCUGCCGCGGCGUUGACAAACUGCCGUGAGCUUUUAUCCCUCGCUAUGGACGACCUAACCAGAUCGUUGUCGUCCUCCGGCGAGUCGCUAAACGACGUCGUUGAAGACCUCCGGACAUGGCUAAGCUCAGCGGCGACGUGCUUUGACACUUGCAUAGAAGGUUUUGAUGGCGACAACAAGCUAAAGAACACCAUCGCUAACCCUCUCAAGACUAGUACUGAGUUGACUAGUAAUAGUCUCGCCAUCGUUACUUGGAUUAAGAAGGCUACCGGCUCUUUCAAGCUGAGGCGAUUACUAAGCGAUGAUGUUAAUAAUAAAGAGGACCAAGUGCUGCCGGAAUGGCUUAGCUCCGGUGACCGGAGAAUUCUUCUUGACGACUCGGAGAAGUUGCGGAAGAAUGCCGAUAUCGUGGUGGCGAAAGACGGGACCGGAAAGUACAAGAAAAUCGGAGAUGCGCUUAAGGCGGUGAAGGAUAAGAACAAGAAGAGGACGGUGAUAUACGUGAAGAAGGGGAUUUACAAUGAGAAUGUGAGAGUUGAGAAGAAGAAAUGGAAUGUUUUGAUGGUUGGUGAUGGAAUGAAUGCCACUAUUGUGUCUGGUAGCCUCAAUUUUGUCGACGGCACUCCCACGUUUUCAAGUGCUACUUUUGCUGUGUUCGGCAAGGGUUUCAUCGGACGUGACAUGGGGUUCCGCAAUACGGCCGGCGCGAUCAAGCAUCAGGCAGUAGCACUAAUGGCGAGCGCCGACCAGGUCGUCUUCUACCGCUGCGGCGUCGAUGCCUUCCAGGACUCCCUCUACGCCCACUCCAACCGCCAAUUCUACCGCGAAUGCGACAUCUACGGCACCGUCGACUUCAUCUUCGGCAACGCCGCCGCAGUCUUCCAGAACUGCAACAUCCUGCCACGUGUCCCAAUGAAGGGCCAGAGGAACACCCUCACCGCCCAGGGCAAGACCGAUCCCAACCAGAACACCGGCAUCGCCAUCCAAAACUGCACCAUCUCGCCAUACGGAGACCUGUCUUCCGUACAGACGUACCUCGGCCGGCCAUGGAAGAACUACUCGACAACGGUGUACUUGCGGUCGUACAUGGGGAGCUUAAUUCACCCUAGUGGAUGGCUACCGUGGACCGGAAAUAGUGCGCCGGAGACGAUAUUUUACUCCGAGUUCGAGAAUUUCGGGCCCGGUUCCAGCACGAAAUAUCGGGUUAAGUGGAAGGGACUGAGAAGUAUAAGCCUUAAAGAAGCAAACAAAUUCUCGGUGACAUCGUUUCUGCAGGGAAAGCAGUGGAUCGAAGGUGCUGGUGUUCCUCACAAGCCUAGUAUUUGA